UGACUUGGGUCACGCAGUCUCUCUCCCUCCUCGGGGAGGAACUGCCGCGCUCCGGUUGAGUCCUCCGCCGGCCGGCGGGAGGGGCGGCGAGGGGGCUCCGGGCGCGCAGAGAACCGCGGGACCCAGCCCCGGAGGCCGCCCGCCGGGGGAACUCGCGCCCCCCGCCUCCGCCGGCUCCCGCCGCGGUCCAGACAAAACCCCAAUUCAGAGAGGUUGCGAGCGGCCAGGAGGAGGCUGAGCCCCUCGCCCGGAACUCGCCACCCCCGGCCGCCGCACGGUGGGCGCGAUGAGCCAGGUGCUGGGGAAGCCGCAGCUGGAAGACGAGGACGACGACGAGGAGGAUGAGCUGGUGGGGCUGGCGGACUACGGGGACGGGCCCGACUCCUCGGAUGCCGACCGGGACAGCGGGGCGGAGGAGGGAGUCCUGGACUUCAGCGAUCCCUUCAGCACUGAGGUGAAGCCGAGGAUCCUGCUCAUGGGCCUGCGGAGGAGCGGCAAGUCGUCGAUUCAGAAAGUGGUCUUUCACAAAAUGUCUCCCAACGAAACACUGUUCUUGGAGAGCACGAAUAAGAUCUGCCGGGAGGAUGUUUCCAACAGCUCCUUUGUGAAUUUUCAGAUUUGGGACUUCCCAGGACAGAUUGACUUUUUUGACCCUACAUUUGACUAUGAGAUGAUCUUCCGGGGAACAGGAGCCCUGAUAUUUGUCAUAGACUCCCAGGACGACUACAUGGAGGCCCUGGCCCGACUGCACCUCACGGUGACCAGGGCCUACAAAGUGAACACCGACAUCAACUUCGAGGUGUUCAUCCACAAAGUGGAUGGUCUGUCCGACGACCACAAAAUUGAAACCCAAAGAGAUAUUCACCAGCGGGCAAACGAUGACCUCGCAGACGCUGGGUUAGAAAAGAUUCACCUCAGCUUUUAUCUGACAAGCAUAUAUGAUCAUUCAAUAUUUGAAGCUUUUAGCAAAGUGGUUCAGAAACUAAUUCCACAACUCCCCACCCUGGAGAACUUGCUAAACAUCUUUAUCUCUAAUUCUGGAAUUGAAAAGGCAUUUCUAUUUGAUGUGGUCAGUAAAAUUUAUAUUGCAACUGAUAGCACCCCAGUAGAUAUGCAAACCUAUGAGCUCUGCUGUGAUAUGAUUGAUGUGGUGAUUGACAUCUCUUGUAUUUAUGGUCUCAAAGAAGACGGAGCAGGAACCCCCUAUGACAAGGAAUCAACAGCCAUUAUAAAGCUGAAUAAUACCACAGUUCUUUAUUUAAAAGAGGUGACAAAGUUCCUGGCUCUUGUUUGCUUUGUCAGAGAGGAAAGCUUUGAAAGAAAAGGGCUUAUUGACUAUAAUUUUCAUUGCUUCCGGAAGGCCAUCCAUGAAGUUUUUGAGGUGAGAAUGAAAGUGGUGAAAUCGAGGAAGGUUCAGAAUCAACUGCAGAAGAAAAAAGGAACCACCCCUAAUGGGACCCCUAGAGUGCUGCUGUAGGUGAGGUUUCAGGAACAUCUUUUGAAAUCAGGCGUUUCAGUGAGGCUGCUGCACUGUGUUGCACUAAAGGAAGAGGAAGAAGAGAUUGAGACACAGAAGAUAAAUUUGUUGUAAAAAUAAAAAUCCUGUGACCCUUUUGAUCUUUUCUUUUUUAAAUAAAGCAAGCACUUUGAAGCAAAAACUUGUAUACUAAUAGUGAAGUUAAGUCCACUGUAAUUUCAUGACAUAAAUGUACACUUUUAUGGUCUGUAGUCAGAACACUCCUGUGUGAGAACUGCCAGGAACUGUAUAUAUUUUGCACUUUUUCAUUGAACUAAACUUUGAUAAAACUUUUGUAAGCUUUUUCUGUACUUGGUGUGAAGGACAUGCAUACUGUAGUUCUUAGCUAUGGCAAUCAGAAAUUAAAAAAGUAAUGCAUUAGCAAUGACUUUUAUAAACUUGGGAAUCUUUGCUACCAGUUGUUGAGGAAAAAAAAUCAUUUUUCAGUGGAGAUGGUACAGAUUGGGGCAGCAAGCUGUAGGAGCAAUGAGAACUGUCCCUUGUUUGUAACUAAUAUACUUAAACAGGAGUUUUGAUGAAUAAUAUUAGCACCAAACUUAUCUAAAAAUUUCUAUAGCUUUGGCAGUGCUUCCCUACUCAACAGUUUUUACAAAGCUCUUUACCUCAACACACAUCUCUAUAAUCAUUUUAUACAGAGAGGUGGUUUCUUUUUGCUGUAUUACUGUUCUUUAGUACCUUUGGGACCAGAUUUCCAAAAUGGUGCCGAUCACUGGAGACAAAUAAGAAUGUCAUUGAAUUGCAGGGACUCUGGAGGCUUUUUGUACCUGCCACCCAGGCUAGAGUAACAUCAGAGGACACGUGGUUUCCCAAAUGUAGGUGAUUGACAACUGCAGAUAUAAAAAUAGAUACACAAUUCUGUAUGUUUGGCCCCUGUGAAAUGGGCCUGUUAUUGUGCAGCAUUUGAAAUGUUUAUUUAGGACCAGCUAUUUUUAUUGCUCCAUGAUCACAGAGGACGUCUCAGAUCCCUACCACAGAAUUGAAUCCUGUUGGGCACAUUGGUCACCUUGAGUAAUGUUCUCAUUUGUGACAGUGUACCUUGUAGACUCUGCCUGUUCCUAUCUUACGGCUGAACUAGAGCUCAGCUUGCCAGCAGCAUGCUCUGCACAGCUGAAAAGCCCUCAAGUUCAGUGGGAAGGGGUUGGCCAGAGGAGACAUUACAGUUAGCUAUGUAUUUGUUUUUGUGAAAUUCUCUCACUUAUAUUUACUUUAGACUAAUAGCAAGUUAAGAGGUUCCUAAAUCUACCCCCCACCCCAAACCAUUCCAAGUAGAUAAUCCAAGUAGAUAAUUCUAGGUCUAUCCCAAGGGUUGGUGCCUAAGGCAUGCUUGUGGGUAUUAGAAAAUAAUAUUCUUUUCUUUUAUCAGAGGCUCGUAGGGAUAUCAAAGCUGCUCCUAGCAAAAUGUAUCAAGUUCCUAGCGCAACUUGUCCUUGAAAUGAUCCCACUUCUACCUGUGACUUCUUUCUAUCCUCUCUCCUUCCUCUCCUCAAGUCCUGUUCCUUUGAGGCUGGCAGCUGCAGUUUAAAAUGGCAGCUGCUUGGGAUUUAAGAUUUGAGCCCUCCCAAGAGGCUGUGCAUUUUGGAAGAAAACUUCUAAAAAUCAUGGAAGAGCGCCAACUGCCUCGUAAUUUUUGCUCAGAAACUUGGGUGUAUAGUAUCCUGGGGUUCUAAGGAAGUUUUUUUCCUCUAAUUUCCAGACCUAUAUCCUGUUGGACCUUUGCCAACAGGCCUGGUAUACGAUAGGUGGAUUAUUCUUAUAAAUCUAAUUCUCUCGUUUUUAUGUUUCUUUUUAGAGUAAGCAACAAAGAAUUGCUUUUCUAAUGUGACUUUAUCCUCAAGAUAGAGACAUUUGCCUAUCUGAUAAAUCACACAUUACUUAGGUACAUAUGUAUAUUAUUGUAACCAAGAGGAGCUUCCAUUUUUGAGCUGGGUAUAUCAUGAGUUUUUUAAAAUAGAUUUUUAUUGAUUUUUAGGGAGAGAGGAAGGGAAAGGGAUAGAGAGAUGGAAACAUCAAUGAGAGAGAAACAUCAUCGAUCAGCUGCCUCCUGCAUACCCCUUACUGUGGAUCGAGCCAGCAACCCAGGCAUGUGCCCUGACUGGGAAUUGAACUGGUGACCUCUUGGUUCAUGGGUUGGCAUUCAACCACUGAGCCACACUGGCCAAGCUAUGAUGUUUUUUUGUUGUUAAAAUGUGCCUUAAGAGCCUAUUACUUCAAGAGCAAAUGAUUCUUUUGGGGAAAGGCAAAAUUAAUGCUAUGGCAUAAGGACCCAAGUUCAUGGUACUAAGUGUACUCUUUGAUUCAUCACACACUAAUAUAUAGAUGACUGCCUCAAACCUGUAAGUAUGGCAAUGACCUCUUAUUUAAAGAGAGAUGUAGGAGUUAUGUCUAAGCGUCCAAUGUUUUGAAGUCUAUGCUAUUGAAAUUACAAAAUCUCUCAAUUACUUUUGCAUUUUAAAAAAAUAGAUUUUUGUGUUGACUGCAGAGAGGAAGAGAGAAGGAGAGAAACAUCAAUGAUGAGAGAGAAUCAUUGAUCGGCUGCCUCCUGUAUGCCCCCUACUGGGGAUCAUGCCCGCGUGUGCCCUUGGCCAGAAUUGAACCUUGGACCCUUCAGUCCACAGGCCAAUACUCAAUCCACUGAGCCAAACCUGCUAGGGCUUGCAUUUUAUUUUUGAUAUGGGACUUAGCUUACUGUGAUGUCUAUGGCCACAUUUAGGUCACAAAUCCAAUGCUAUAAAUAUAAAGCCCAAAUACAUGGCUACAGUGACUGCUCUGGAACAUUUUUGCUCAUUUUCAAAGGUUGACAACUUGAUCUAUAGGUUUCUAGGGCAGUUAGAACUUCUAUGUGGAGGUGAGACUCUGUGAAUUACCUAGCAUCUUUGCUUAUUUCCAGUUAUGCAGAUUAGUGUGAAUGACCAGGGUAGAGUGUUUUUGAAGGAAUAUAAAUAAAAAACUGUUGACAUUCAUGGACAGUGUUAUUUUGUGAACACAAUGUAUUUUGGACCCUUAAAUAUGAGAUGACUAAAAACACAGCAAUAUUGUUAUAUACGGGUUAUAUGCUAACUGUUUGAAAUGUACUUCAGAAAAACAGCCAACUGUCUUGAUUAUUAAAGUAUGGUAUGCAUUCAACUUAUAUGGACUGAGUGUAAUUUAUAAUCAAAUAUAGUAUUAAGUUUUACUUUAAAUGAUAGUCAUUUAUAAACCAUUGUUAAAUCAUUGCUUUCACAAAUGUUAACUGCCAACUUAAAAGUUUGUGUCAUAUGCUCAUGAUACGCUAAGCUCUCAUUUUAUUUUAAGCAUAUUCAUAACUAAUCUUUCAGGGAGCGGAAUGGUCUCUUUGGUGAAAAGGAAGUAUGGUCUUCCAUAUUUAUGAGGUUGUUUACCAUACAUGUAUAUUACUGCUAUAUUGGCCUUGCUUGUGGAAAUGAGGAUAAAUCACUCUAUUUAUAUUGGA